AAACGUCGAUGCACUUGCGCUUUGCCAAACAAAACUGCAGUGCACUGCAAGUGCGAAUGGAAUUGUGAAUGUGGUAAGGUGGUCGCCCAAAAUUUGUCAAAAUGAGUGAUACACCAACUUACCGUAACUUAACAAAUGGAGAAUAUGGGAGACCGAAAGAGUACCAGAACAAGCUCCUAGAAGAUGCAGUGCGCCCUCACAUUGAAUCCUUCAAUUACAUGCUUGACGAUGGAUUAGCACAGGCAGUGAGGAACAUCAAUCCAGUGGAGUUCCUAUUGGAUGAUGAAAGAAUUUCACUUUCAUAUGAGGAUGCAUUCAUUGGUGUACCAACCAUUGCAAGAGGAAACCUGUUUGCUUCUACUCUUAAAGUCUACCCAUCAGAGUGUCGACAGCGUGGGACGACGUACCAGGCCCCUCUUCAGGCAAGGGUGCUCUGGCAACGAAGCAAUGGGGACAGUGGGAGUGUCAUGCGUCCUCUGGGCCAGAUACCCAUCCUUGUAAAAUGUAAGAAUUGCAAUCUUCACAACCUACCUCCCAGUGAGCUUGUAAAAAGGAAAGAAGAGGGCUCUGAAAUGGGAGGUUAUUUCAUCGCUAACGGCAUUGAGAAGGUCAUCAGAAUGCUCGUCAUGCCAAGAAGAAAUUUUCCACUGGCCAUCAACCGUCCAAAAUGGAAGAGCAGAGGAAAAGGUUUCACGGAGUUCGGUGUCCAGAUGAGAUGUGUCCGCAAUGACCAGUCCAUAGUUACAAUUACCCUUCAUUACCUGACCACAGGGAGCAUAGUAGUGAGCUUUGCUUACAACAAGGAAAUCUUCUUCCUUCCAUUACUUCUAGUUGUCAGGGCUCUUGUAGAUAUCUCUGACCAGCAUAUAUAUGAUGAACUUGUCAAAGGAAAGGAAAAUGACACAUUCUUAGUAGGUUGCGUGACAGGUAUGUUGCGACAAACGCACACCCAGAACCUGUCCAGUCAGGAGCAAGCUUUGGAGUACAUCGGAGAGCGAUUCCGCAUCAAGCUGUCCGCCCCUCCAUGGUACACCAACGCCCAGACGGCCAAGUUCCUCCUUCAGCAGUGUAUCUGCGUUCAUCUGGAUUCUAAUCAGGAUAAAUUCCACACCCUCACAUUCAUGGCCAGGAAGUUAUUUGCCUUCACCCAGGGAGAGUGUGCAGCGGAGAAUGCAGACAGUCCUAUGAACCAGGAAGUACUUCUAGCAGGUCAUCUCUAUCUCAUGGUUCUCAAGGAGAAACUAGAAGGCUGGUUAGUUAAUCUACGCUAUGCCAUUGAGAAACAGGCCAAGAAGUCAAGGAGAUUCGUUCUGAAUGAUGUAUCACUGAACAAUGCUGCUUCAUCAGGGCCUGGUGAUCUCACAAGAAAAAUGGAAUACCUCAUUGCAACAGGAAACCUUGCUUCUAAGACGGGCCUUGGCUUAAUGCAGACGUCAGGUAUGACAGUCGUUGCUGAUAAACUCAAUUUCAUGAGGUUCCUGUCUCACUUCCGUUGUAUUCAUCGAGGUUCAUUCUUUGCUGAGAUGAGGACCACUUCGGUCAGAAAACUUCUCCCUGAGGCUUGGGGUUUCCUAUGCCCUGUCCAUACUCCUGAUGGUGCUCCUUGCGGUCUAAUGAAUCAUCUCACAGCGCUAUGUCAGGUGGUCAACACGCAACCCCUUACCCUCCCCCUCGUCAAGACCCUCUACGCCCUGGGCAUGACCCCCCUCGACGCACCCCUAUCGCACCCCGUCUCUAGCUGCUAUGAAGUCAUCCUAGAUGGGAGGGUCCUGGGCUAUGUACCCCAGGACAUCGCCACACAGCUCACCUCAAGGCUCAAGAUUCUUAAGGUCAAAGGUCAAAGUGGAGUUUGCCAGACUACAGAGAUUGUCCUGGUCCCUGUGAGCGGUAAGGGAGGCCAGUAUCCUGGUCUCUACAUCUUCACCACACCCUCAAGGCUCUACCGACCCGUCAGGAAUCUAGCCUUACAGGAGACGGAGUACAUCGGUACGUUUGAGCAGGUCUACAUGGACAUUGCAGUCAGUCCGGCUGAAAUUCACCAAAAGACCACACAUUUGGAAGUGAAUGAGACGAGUAUACUGAGUGUGUCAGCGAGUCUCACACCGUUUUCUGAUUUCAACCAAAGCCCUAGAAAUAUGUACCAAUGUCAGAUGGGUAAACAAACGAUGGGUUUCCCAUCCCACACACUACCAUUCCGUAUUGAUCAUAAGAUGUACAAGCUGCAGACCCCUCAGACACCGAUGGUCCGACCACACUCUUAUGACAAGUAUGACUUUGACGAUUACCCACUUGGAACCAAUGCUGUAGUAGCUGUCAUCUCAUAUACAGGGUAUGAUAUGGAAGAUGCCAUGAUCAUAAACAAGUCUUCACUGGAGAGAGGUUUUGGCCAUGCUAGCAUCUAUAAAACAGAAGAGAUUAAUCUUAGGAAUAAGCUUGGAGAGUCAAGGCACGGGAGAGUGGCUGCUGUGUUUGGUUGUGAUAUUACUGACCCUCGAAUCAAAGGAUGUAUAGACAAAGAUGGCUUUCCCCCAAUCGGUACAGUGCUACAUGAAGGAGACCCAUACUAUGCUUACACCAGGCUUGAUUCAGGUCAGACCAAGGUCGAGAAGUACAGAGGGUCUGAGGUCGCGGUGGUAGAUAAUGUCAAGGUCACAGGGGGUUACCUUGGUAACCAAGUCUGUCAGAGAGCGUUCAUACAACUUAGAAUACAGAGGAAUCCAAUCAUUGGGGACAAGUUUUCUAGUCGUCAUGGUCAGAAGGGUGUAUGCAGUCAGCGAUGGCCGACGGAAGAUAUGCCUUUCACUGAGAGCGGGAUGACGCCCGAUAUCUUAUUCAACCCUCAUGGAUUCCCUUCUCGUAUGACAAUCGGUAUGAUGAUAGAGAGUAUGGCAGGCAAGUCAGCAUCCCUUCAUGGUCUGUGUCAUGAUGCAACACCCUUCACAUUCUCAGAGGAACAACCUGCUGUGGAUUACUUUGGCAAGCUUCUAACUGCUGGAGGGUAUAACUACUAUGGAACAGAGAGAAUGUAUAGUGGGACAUCAGGGGUGGAGCUUGAAGCUGAUAUAUUCAUAGGCGUGGUCUACUAUCAGAGGCUAAGGCAUAUGGUAUCUGAUAAAUUCCAGGUGAGGUCGACCGGACCGGUGGAUAUCUUAACCCACCAACCGGUGAAAGGAAGGAAGAGGGCUGGAGGUAUACGCUUUGGUGAGAUGGAGAGGGACUCACUUCUAGCUCAUGGAACAUCGUUCCUUCUUCAGGAUAGACUGCUCAACUGCUCUGAUAAAAGCUUGACGAGGAUAUGCACCAAGUGCGGGACACUCCUUGGCAUCCACCUGGAAAAGCUCAGUGACCGGUCAUCGGACGGAAAGAUGGACCUCCAAGACAUGCUGUCCAGUGCCCAGAGGAAGUGGGUCUGUGCGUCGUGUGAUACCUCAGACAGCAUUGAAACCAUCACCGUGCCAUAUGUCUUCCAAUACCUGGUGGCUGAACUUAGCGCCAUGAAUAUCAAGGCAACACUGGAAGUGAAGUGAGCAGGACCGACGUUGCCAAUUUGAACAAUGGUCAGCACACAUGAUUUGCUAAUUCAUGUAUAUGCUAUGGAGCCGAACCAAGCAGAGCUUAUGCUUCCAUUUAAACCCAUUCAAGCCAAUGUGAGGAUGAACGGCAUUGUUGAGUUAAGUCCUUUAUAGUUGAGUCCUUUAUGACAGAACUCAGAAAUGAUCUAUGAGAAUUGAACUAGCAAGAAAUGGAUUGUCAGUUUGAACCUGUCUUUCCAAAUUUAGCAAUAUUACCUUGUUGAUAUUCUGAAGUUCCCCCAACACCCAGAUUUGGUUGUUGUUUGCAACAGGUUACUCAAGUUCCGUUGAAGGUAUCGUCUAGAGCACUGCUAAUGCAUCUGUGUUUGUAUCUUUGAAUAUGACCUUUGGUGAGCAAAGAAUCCAAGGGAUCAAUGUCAGAAAAUGACCUUACUGAUAUUUCGAAUAUGAAUGUAUCUGUUAGGAACCUUGUCAAUAAUCCCCAUUGCUUUCUUUGUUGUUCUUUCUGUGUGCGUUCUUUUCACCCUGAAGAGCGUUUCGUGAAAGGACUUGUCAGACGUGUUAUCUGGCAAGUCCAGUGUCCAGUCCAGUGACAGUUACUGUCGCAAUAUUGUAUCUCAGCCAAACGAAAUCAAGAAAAGCUGUCAGAUCCGACAAUUUAUCAGGCAAAAGUGUUGAUGAAGUACUCCCCUGAAUGCUCUUCCAUUUUCAAAUUCGCCUUUGGUGCCACCGUGCCGUUGAAAAUACACUGUGUCCCAGAAAAAAUUAAACCGGAAUUCCCAUAUCUCUUUUCUUCAAAGGCAAAUUAAUUAUGAUAUUCAAUUUAUAUCAUCAUAUAAUUCAAUUAUUCCUCUACAUUUUGAUACCUAAUAUGCGACAAACACUUCACGCAUUAAUGAACAAGACGAGUUUGAAAUUUAGAUGUAAAGAUCAGGUUGCGCAGAAAAAUUGGACAAGAUUGGUUUGUGAUACAACAACCGUGCUUAUUCGACGAUUAGCUCAUUAGCAUUUCUUUUGUAUUCUUUGUGAAGUUACUGUCACUGAUCCCUGAAAUGCUAGUCUAUAAGAUUUUUAUGUAAGUUUCUGCGCAAAUCAUUUCUGGUAGGCCUUUAUAUUUAUUGUUUGUAAUCUGCCAUGUGUGAAUGAUUUUCUAAGCUGUUGGUCUAAAAUUAAAGAUGAGUUUCCACUCUUACCAUGAGUAUCAAAUUUAUAGUAAAAACAUAUUUCAUAAUUGAGAAAUUUAUCUCUGAAAACAGGUUUCCUUUUUUUGUGGGACGCACUGUGUAAAGUAACAUUUAUUGAAAAGAAAGUUCACAGAAGAAUGACAAAGCAUGUGACAGGGGACUAUGUACAAGGUCCCUUCUUCCAUCAUUAUGUGAUAUAAUGCGGUAAACUAAAUGUAUGGCAAAUCGUUUUGCAUGAAUGCCACUUUAAAGGCACCGUGUCUUUUCAUAGCGGCUUUCCUACAUACAAUAACCAAUUCUCACACUUCUUAGCCAAAACUAUGGGUUUUGACUUUGAUGAAGGUCACUGAGGUAGUCUUGCGCGAAAAAGACACGGCUCUGAGCCUCAGACAAUUGACAUGGUGCCUAAAAAUGUCAGCAGAUAUACAUUUCACUAAAUUAGAGUUCAGUCGCAUUCACUCCAUUUGACAAGUUUGGUGUGAAAGAAUUUUAGAACCAAGUAACGAUCAUCUGCAAAAGAUUUUAGUUAAAAUCAGUUUUAAUCUUAAAUUAUAAUGUGAACAAUUUUAGUUCUUAUUUUGCAACUGAUUGCUUGAAUAUUAAAACUAAAUUAAGAGGAAAGUUUUGCUAUUCUUUCCACAGAAUAAUAUUUUAAAGUAUAUUUUAUUUUCUAUGCACAGAGUGUAUGUCACAAAAUACUACAGAAAAAGUAUCAUUGAUAUAUUAAAUAGUGUAUCAUGUGUGACUAAAAGGGAGAGUUAUACCUCAGUCACAUUUGCUCUACGGCAGCCGUACGGGCAAAUGUGACCGAGGUAUUACUGUGCAAGGCACAAAAUUAUUGAAUAUUUGUGUACAUGAGUCUUUUAUUAAAAGUCUUACAAAAUCAUUAUGAUCAUGUUUUUCAUUUUGAACAAAUAAAAUACUUUGUACUAAAUGAGU